CAUUGUGAAUGUUGUCAUAAUUCAUUGCUUCGAUAAUCUUCUAACGGUGUACACUUCAUUUUAUCUUGCGAACAUUCAGUCAUCCAAUCAACCAUGCGGGGAUAUAUCCUUACCUAUUUUUUCAUAUUCCGACCAUUAGUAUGGGGUUUCUUUCACCCCGCGCCUCCAGGACGUUCUUUCGACCGUCUGCCUUUCACAGUCGUAGCCUGCGACAACCAGUGGAUGUCCUUGGAAUGCAUCUCGGGCCGCAUUAACAUCCAAUCGGCAUUGUAUGGUCGUCAUGACGACUUUAGGCAUUGUACUUCUGAAUCCGUUGACGGGAAAUGUGGAAGAAAUGUAAUCCCCAAAGUCAAGGAAUUGUGUAAUAAUAAGGGAAACUGUUUGAUCAGAAACAUGAAUUCGAUGUUUACAACAUUUUGUACAGGCAGAAAAUCGUAUUUGAAAAUUGUGUACGAUUGUCCAUUAUGAAAUUAGCACUGUGAUUCACGGAUCCUCUAAGAAAUAUGUGUAUUCUG